GUAGUAAGAUGCCAGAAGUUUAUGACAUUAAUGUCGAAGCUGGGAUGUCUUCUCUUGCUAUUGUCAACACAAAUCUCCACAAACAUAUCCCCAAUGAAGCACCGAUCGUGUCUUCUUACAAUGAUCGGAUCAGGCCGUUGCUUGACACUGUGGACAGGCUAAGGAACCUCAAUGAACAUAUCGCUGAAGCUAUCUGCACAGCAACUGAGGCAAUUGCAGGUAAGAUCUUAAUCACAAUCACAGACACAGUGUUGAGUAUAAACCAACUGCAAGACAAUUUCUUAGAC